AAAGCUUCUCUGCAACAUAGUAUAACCCACUCACAGAGAAACCCCAAAACCUAAAAAGGAAAAAAAAAUAAGAAGAGAGAAGGUCAAGAGAGAUGGAAGGUAAAGAAGAAGAUGUUAGAGUCGGAGCUAACAAGUUCCCGGAGAGGCAACCGAUCGGAACAUCGGCUCAGAGUGACAAGGACUACAAGGAGCCACCACCUGCGCCGUUGUUCGAGCCAGGCGAGAUAGCUUCGUGGUCCUUCUGGAGAGCUGGAAUCGCUGAGUUUAUCGCUACGUUUUUGUUCCUCUACAUCACUGUCUUGACUGUUAUGGGUGUCAAGAGGUCACCGAGCAUGUGUGCUUCCGUCGGGAUCCAGGGAAUCGCUUGGGCUUUCGGUGGUAUGAUCUUCGCUCUCGUCUACUGCACCGCCGGUAUCUCCGGUGGACACAUCAACCCAGCUGUUACCUUCGGUUUGUUCUUGGCCAGGAAGCUUUCGCUUACACGAGCUGUGUACUACAUAGUGAUGCAGUGCUUAGGAGCUAUCUGUGGAGCUGGUGUGGUCAAGGGUUUCCAGCCAAAGCAAUACCAGGCUUUGGGAGGUGGAGCCAACACCAUAGCUCAUGGCUACACCAAAGGAAGUGGUCUUGGUGCUGAAAUUAUCGGAACCUUUGUCCUUGUUUACACCGUCUUCUCUGCCACUGAUGCCAAGAGAAACGCUCGUGACUCUCAUGUUCCCAUUCUUGCGCCCCUCCCCAUCGGAUUCGCUGUGUUCUUGGUUCACUUGGCAACCAUCCCCAUCACUGGAACUGGAAUCAACCCAGCAAGAAGUCUUGGAGCUGCAAUCAUCUUCAACAAGGACAACGCUUGGGACGACCAUUGGGUCUUUUGGGUUGGACCAUUCAUUGGUGCUGCACUCGCUGCUCUCUACCACGUUAUAGUCAUCAGAGCCAUCCCAUUCAAGUCCAGAAGCUAAGCUGAUUGAGUUAUUUUUAUAAAUCUGGCUUUUGAUCUUAGUUUGCUUUCUUUUGUGAAUCUGCAACUUGUGUGUAAUGUGUGUAUGUGUUUGUUCCUUUCUUUGCCUAAUGGAGACUUUAUGUAAAACAAAGAAAAGCCCCAGAAACAUCUGUAAACUUUCUUUUCCACUUAUCAAAGGAUUUCUAUAAUUGGCACA